AUGACUAGAAAUUUGCCAUGGCAGAAGAGUUCGACCACUAUAAAUCGUGGCAAGAGAAGCUCUACUGUAACAUCGUCAACACCUAAAAGGUUGAAAACAAAUAGUGUAAGAGGACAAAGCGAGUCCGAGGGUACUGCUUCUCCCGUCAAAGGCCUCAAACGCAACGAAAAAGCCCGGACACCAUCUACCUCCCCGCCGCCUGAGCCACCUGAGGAAAGCUUUAUGCUCGAUGGUUUAGAAAAUGAUGAUAAAUACCGUAUGGUUGAGGACGAGUUCCUCACUGUCGCUCAAAAGUUCACGGUCCAUCUUCAUGCCGCCGAGUACAAGCGACAGCAGACUCAAGUGAAGGCCAGAAACGCUGAUGCCAUACGCUCUAUCUCUCGGCCUGUAUCUACCAAGAUGCCAGAGCAGACUAAACGAAAAGUAGAGGCUCAUGAGCGCUCUUUAGCGCAGAAAAACCUUGUAGAAGGACUUCGAAAGCAGGCUAAAGAAGACGAGGAAAGCGAUUGUGAGGACAUGCCGUAUGUUGGUACUGUUCUUCAUAGUUUCAUGGAUAGUCCGCGCAAAAAGGCAGUGUCAUUGCUAAGAGCUGGCUCUAUUAAUACUGCUACCCGUGCUGCUGCUGGGUUUAAGAAGCAGCAUACUCAGUCAAAUUCGCCAGGAAAGUCCUCUGGUCUGGCAACAAAGCGAACUGUAGACAGAGGCCCGGAGCAAUUGGAUGGAAGCGAGACAGAAUCAGAUGCAGACGAUGAUCUGGACUUACCAAUUCCGCUUCCGGAACUCGGGGUCUCAAAUACUGAGAAACAUCGGACGGGGGAUUCUCUGUUGAACUCGAAAUCAACUGUACGAGCUGAUAAGCCAACUGUUACUACCACAUUACCGCAACCUCGAGAGUCAAAGAAGCCAAAAUUAGUUACUCUCGGUAAUGAGCCACAAAUCGGUUUUAAGCAUAACAUGAAAAAUACGCAAGAAGCACGUACUCACGCAGAGACCACUACAGCCAGGAUUUCAUCAAUUAACGCGCCUUCAACCUCGAAGACCGCUCCUUCACGGCUCUCUCGAUUGGAUUAUGCGCGAAUGCAAAAGGUCAAACAAGAAGUCAAGAUUGAAGAGGAGAAAGAACUCGAUGUUAUACCAUCCUUUCUAUGA